UCAGAUAUAGGAAGGAGGAGUUGAAGAGUGAGCUGUGCAUUCAGCAGUGAGUUGACUGCGAGAUAGAUGACGAAGUUGAAUUGCAGAAGAAGCAUCCUCCUUCUCCUCUUCUUCUUCUUCCUCGUUGCAGUCUCGUUAGCAAUAGAAGAAGAAGAAGAAGAAGAAACAAUCAUCUCUCGUUUCCAGCAAUACCUUCAAAUCCAAACUGACCAACCAAACCCACGUUACAAAGAAGCAUCAGAGUUUCUCAUCUCACAAGCCCAAUCCCUCUCACUCGAAUUCCAAACCAUCGAGUUCGUCUCAGGGAAGCCUCUCGUCCUUCUCAAAUGGCCAGGAACAAACCCUCACCUCCCUUCCAUCAUGCUCUACUCCCACACAGACGUCGUCCCCGCCGAGCAUCACAAAUGGUCCCACCAUCCCUUCGGGGCCCACAUCGACGCCGACGGACGCAUCUUCGCUAGAGGCUCUCAGGACAUGAAGUGCGUCGGGAUGCAGUACUUGGAGGCUGUUCGCCGCCUCAAGGCGCACCACCGCUCCUUCCACCCACUCCGCUCCGUCUACUUCGCCUUCGCCCCCGACGAGGAGAUUGGCGGCCUCGCCGGUGCUGAGAGCUUUUCUCAAUCUGAUAUCUUUCAGAAGUUGAAUGUAGCCAUAGUGCUUGAUGAAGGGUUGGCUUCACCGGAUGAGCAUUACAGGGUGUUUUACGCAGAGAGGAGUCCCUGGUGGCUGAUGAUUAAGGCUGUUGGGGCUCCAGGUCAUGGGUCUAAGCUUUAUGAUAACUCUGCUAUGGAGAAUAUCUUGAAGAGUAUUGAGAGCAUUCGGAGGUACCGUGCCUCCCAGCUUGACUUGAUCAAGGCCGGCUUGAAGGCUGAAGGGGAUGUUGUUUCUGUUAAUAUGGUCUUCUUAAAGGCUGGAACUCCAACCCCAACUGGUUUUGUCAUGAAUUUGCAGCCAUCUGAAGCUGAAGCUGGAUUUGAUAUUAGGGUGCCGCCAACUGCUGAUCAAGAAUCAUUGGAGAGACGCAUUGCUGAAGAAUGGGCACCUGCUGGGCGCAAUAUGUCAUUUACUUUCAAACAGAAGGUACCUGUGUAUGAUAAGCAUGGAAAUCCAGUCCUGACCAAAACUGACAGUUCCAACCCCUGGUGGGGGCUGUUAAAAGAUGCUGUCCAAAAGGCUGGUGGGAAACUCGGUAAGCCAGAGAUAUUUCCUGCCUCUACGGAUUCGCGCUAUUUCCGCGAAAUUGGAAUGCCAGCAAUUGGAUUCUCACCUAUGGCAAACACUCCUAUUCUACUCCAUGACCACAAUGAGUUCCUGAACAAAGAUGAAUACUUGAAAGGGAUUAAAAUUUAUGAGUCAAUAAUUAAAACAUAUGCAUCAUUCGAAGAUCAUGGAAGAGAUGGAGGAUCCAGAGAUGAGUUAUGAGCAAGCCAUGUGGCACCUUCCCUGUUCAUAUAUCCCACUUUCUGCCUUUUCUUGGUGUAACAUAUUUAGAUUGAUUCAGUUGAGUAGUUUUUUUUUUAAUAUGCAACAAUAAAGCGGAGAGAAAUAAAUGGUUUGACUUCAAACUUUGUUUGUGCUGUGAUAUUAAGUGUGAAUAAGUCUCAUAUUGGAAGAAAAAUAGCAACUCUAAGCAAUUAAGAUAACACGUACACCUAAUGUCUUAAGAUUUUUCUUGAAAGAUGUGAUGUCAAAUUUACUUGUGGUUUGCUUUUUA